AUGAACAACUUCGCCCUCGCGCUAAGCGGCCAGGGGAAGUACAAGGAGGCAGAGGUGAUAGACCGGGUGACGCUGGCGCUGAAGGAGGAGGUGUUAGGGAAAGAGCACCCCUCGACGCUGACGAGCAUGAACAACCUCGCACAAGCGCUAAGCGACCAGGGGAAGUACGUGGAGGCAGAGGUGAUGGACCGGGCGACGCUGGCGCUGAGGGAGAAGGUGUUGGGGAAAGAGCACCCCUCGACGCUGGCGAGCAUGAACAAUCUCGCACAAGCGCUGAGCCGCCAAGGGAAGUACGCGGAGGCAGAGGUGAUGCACCGGUCGACACUGGCGCUGAAGGAGGAGGUUUUGGGGAAGGAGCAUCCUGAGACGUUAGGGGCCUUAUUUAAUUUGGCAAGUGUUCUUCAACAGCAAGGAAAUAUUAGCGAAGCUAUAUUGUUCUUUCAAGAAGAGCUUAAUCGGUGCGAGACACUAUAUGGCCCCCACCACAACGAAACUAUGGCCAGCCGUCGUAACCUAGCGAACAUACUUAAGAGUUAUGAAGAGCUUGGUAGGGAGACCGGCGGAGAUAGAUGA